AUGGAGGCAGUUGCUGAGAUCAUUGACAAGAUUGUGGAGCGCGGAGGGCAGAUAUUGUCCGACAAAGAACUUCAACGACAAGUCAUCCACAAUGCUUGGGAGGUGACGAAGGAGGUGACUUGUUCCCGGCUGCAAAUGUGCUUUGUGCCACACGACGAGGAGCAAAACACCUGGCUGCUGGAUGAGGAGCCUCCGCCUCCUAUGAAGGAUGUUUGGGGAAGGAAGCAAAUAGAGGUUUUCAAGGAGCCUCCCAAGGUCUUGGACGAGGAGCGCAAAAUUGAUCCGCGUCAUAUCAGGAGGAGGAAGACACGAGCCAAAAUCUAUGCCCCAGUGAGACUUGCCAAUCGCAGACAGUCUAUGUUGCUUCACAGAACUCGAGUCCUCCCACUCUCCGACACUCCGGUUGACGACCGGGACCCUGAUGACCCCCUGCGUCAUGAGUGGCUGCAGCGAUAUGCACAAAGGUUGGCCCAGGCGGAGGCCAUCAGCCGCUGGGAGGAAGAGGAGUUGAGACGUGAAGAGCAAAGGAGGCAGCAAGAGAUGAAGGUGUUUAAAAGAGAAAUCGGAGAGCUUGGCAACUCGGAGGGCCUUGGACAUGCUCCAGAGAAUGCCAUUCCGCCUGAUGAAAUGGAGAGGCUUCCAAAGAUGAACGCCUCCAUUCAAUUUGAUGUAAAGAGCUGCAAGGUGACUCCACGCGAUGUGACGGAGGCUGCGAAGAGCAGUGGCAUCUCUGUUCAGGACAUCUCCAAGGCAGACUCCCAUGCGACUGAGGCUUCAGCGGUUUCAGUGCCUGGAGGUGAAAAGGGGCUUCGAAGUGACGGUUUUAUUAGGUCGGAGUGUAUUCAACCGAGUCCCUUGCAAACCAUGCGAGUUCAACCUGGUGUCGUGCUCGAGUGCCAAGGAAGGAAAAAGGCUGGGCCAAAAGUGCCAUAUGAUCCGGCGCACCCUGCUUGGAAGGUCUACAAGGGCUUCGCUCCACAGGAGAUACCGAUAGCGUCCAGGGAGUUGGAACUGGAUAUCCCCGAGUUGGAGUCAAGUUUGGGUUUUGACAGCGAGGCUAAGGACCUCAUCGUUGACGCUCCUCACUCGUAUCGCAGGGAGGAAGCACCGGAACCUUGGCGUUUGAUCCAUCCCGCUGUGCCGAAAGGCUGGCGGGACCCAAGGAUUUUUGGUGAGAUCGACAAGCAGCUUCGUGGAUGUAGGCGCAUGACUGUCUUUGGUGCCCUGGUUGACCACUCCCCACCGUUUGUGGAUUUGUUGUUGACCGACACCAGCAUGGUGAUGGCUCAUGGACUUCAGCCUGCCUGUGAUCUCUUUCGGACUGUGGAGUUUUGUGCGGGCCUUGGUGCUACCGGUGUUGGACUUGCUGCUGCAGGUUUUGACUUGGCGUGCAGUGUUGAGUGGCGUUCCCCUUUGGCGUCUGUGCAUGAAACCGUUCACCCUACUGUUCCCGUGGUGGUUGGAGACAUCGGUGAGCUGCUUGAGCCUUUCAGUGAAGCGUUGGUCCGCAGUAAGGGCAUAUAUGCAGUAGUUGUGCAGAUCCCCACUAGCACAGGUGAACCACAGUAUCGUCAUUUGCAUCCCGCCGAACUUGCAGUUCUCAAUGGACUUCCUCCUCCUGAGGUUUGGACUUCCUCUCAGCGGCCCAGUUUGAGGCUGUGUCUUUGUGCUGUUGGCCAGCUUGCAUCACCGUUGCAAGCCUUGUGGGUUGGGAUUUGCACCCGGCAACAACUGCUGCUCAGCCUUGGACUUCCUGCUGACUCCCUGGCACCGACAGCGGUUCUUCAGCAGUUUAAGCAGAAGCUUUAUGAUGUUGCCAAGGACUUGUUCAUGAGUGUCACCCCGGUUGCACCAACACUUGUGGACUCAGAAACUCAUGAGGUUGUGUUGGUAUACUCUGACGAAACCCAGGUGAAAGUGCAAGUCUCUGCUGAUGCCACCGUGUCACAACUCCGUCAGGCUGAUGAUGCUUUGCAGGGCCCUGAAGAUGGCAAGUGGAUUGAUGCCAAUUCAUCCCGUCUUUUGCAGGAUACUGAUGUUGUCAGUGGACGCACAAUCCGGGUUUGCUCUUCCCCGUCGAGUGAACCCUUGUCUGAGCCCGAUGUUGUUGAAACUGUUGAUGUUGAUCGACUUGAAACUGAUCUUCCUUUGGUUCCUGUUCGUCCUUCUCUGUCGGUGGAUUUGCCCGGUGUCAGUUUGCCUUCUUGUGUUGAUGUGACUUCCGAUUUUCAUGGUACUAAAAGGCAUUGCACUGUCGAUGUUCGUCUUCCAUCUGAUGCUUUGACUGGUCUGCUUGUGUUGAAUGGUUCUCAACUUGCUGCUUUGGUGCCUCCUUUGAUUGUUUCCCGUGAUCAAUGUAUUGCCAUGCGACAGGCUACAACUCCCAACACUGCCAGGUUGCAUAUUUUGCACAAUCAAGGGGCAGCUAUGGGCGAUGAUGAACUGAACCUGCAUGUCAUGUCCUGCGUGCAAUUGUCGGGCCGUGCUGGACUUCGUUUCCUUGACCCUUUGCUUGCCUCUGGGUGGCUGCGCCAUGGCACUGCUUGGAUGGAUGAAGUCCCCGGCACCACUAGCAUUGUCAGUGUUGUUCUGUUGGACGGUCAUUGGAUUCCUAUCAUGUGGACUUGUGGACUUUCAGAAGUGCGUGUGACCAUGUGGGAACAUGAUGAGGGCACCACUGAGCCUCUUUGCCCGUUGCAUGGACUGAUCAGCCAGGCCUGGAAUCGCCCCAUGUUUGCUCUUGCGUGCAAUCGUCGUUCCUUUGCCAAGGAUCACUGUGGUGCUGCCGCUGUCUGUUUUCUGGGUCAUGUCUUGCUCAACAAACCGCUGCCAGUGCAUGAGGAAGAGUUGCACCGUAUCCAUGAAGAUUUGCGAAAUAGUUUUGGCCAGGCCAUUGGACUUCUGGCUGACGUGCCGAAACCGUGGAUUUGGGGCCUAGGCCUUCCGGAUGUGGUCGGUUUGGUGUCCAACCUGUUGCAACUCCAUGGCCAAGCCAUCUGCGGGUUGUCAGCCGACAUCGAGAAGUGCUUCAAUUGCAUCCCCCGGUUUCCUGCACUGCGUCUCGCAAUCCUGGCUGGCACACCCCCUGAGGUUACGACCGCCUGGGCUGGUGGCCUUGCUGACAUGAAGCGCCACUUCAAGGUUCGGGAGUCGUUUUCAGAUGGUUUUCUGACCUCCACUGGGCUUGCAGAGGGGUGUGGACUUAGCGUGUACGGGAUGUUGCUGGUGGAUCAUAUCUUUCACCGUUGGAUUUCCUUCCAUGGGGGUCCCUGUCGGUCCUUGAGUUGCGUUGACGAUUGGCAUGUCUUCACGUGGGACCCUGCCUUUGCCGAGCGUCAGCUUGACUUGGUUGUUACCUUUGCCAACAUGCUGGACUUGACUGUAGACCAGCGGAAAACUGUUGCCUGGUCGACUGACCCUGAGGUGCGCCAGCGACUGAGAGCCAGUCAAGUCACCGUCGUCCAUCAUGCGCGUGAGCUUGGGGGACAUUUUGGGGUGUCCCGGCAGUACACCAACCGCACCCUCACCCAGCGGAUUUCCGCCCUUGAAGAAUUUUGGCCAAAGCUUCGUGCCAGCAAAGCACGUUACCAAGCAAAGGUUUACAUGCUGAGAGCUGUUGCAUGGCCAAGAGGCUUGCAUGCUGUAGCAAGCGCCCCGCUUGGUGACAGCAUCUGGACAGAGUUGCGGCGCAGAGCCACACAUGCAUUGGCUCACCAGACACCAGGCGUCAAUUCCUACCUGCUUCUUGGACUUGUGGAAUUUCAUGUUGACCCCCAGCUUGUUGCCCUCCUUUGGACUUGCCGUGCUGCCCGCAACAACUGCGACGUGGAUUUUUGGACUUCCUCAGUUGCUUGUGUUGCUCAUGGUGAUUUGGAUUUGCCACCCAAUGCAAUUGCAUCUAUUCUCUUGAGUAGGCUCCAACAAGUUGGUCUCACGGUUGAUCGGCAUGGUUUUGUGCACGAUGCCUUUGGUCGAUUCUCCAUCCAGACAGGCAAUUUUGCAGAGGUUGAGUUGCGCCUUACUUGUGCUUGGUACCAGGUUGUUGCUGCGAAGGUUCAGCACCGACAUGAAUUCCAUGGAUUGUGGCAAGUCGAUGUUGCCUAUACUCGGCGAGCCCUCUCUGCCCUUGCCCCAGACGACCAAGCGCUGUUGAGGUUUGGACUGAUUGGUGGACUUUUCACUGAGUCUUACAAGGCGAAAUGGACUAGCCAACCAGAUACCUGUCGUUGGUGCGGUCAAACUGACUCUUUGCAGCAUCGUUACUGGGAGUGCAUCCAACAUGCUGAUCUGCGGGCCGCACUGGCCCCUGAUGCGGCGGCCAUCUGGUCUCAAUUGCCACCUGCCCUGGCUCUCCGGGGGUGGGCUUUGCUGCCUCCUACUUGGCAGGAUUGGAUUUCUGCUCUCGCUGCCUUGCCUGCCCAAGUUUUGCCACCUGCCGUUUCCUUCAGGGUUGGGGUGUGGAAUGAUGUGUUCACCGAUGGUUCUUGUCUUUGGCAGGCUCAUGCUACGUACCGACUUGCCGCUUGGGCUGUGGUCUUGGCUCCACCGUUUCAGUCGGCAUGGACUCCCGGGUCGACUGCUGUCCUUUGUGCUUCUGCUUUGUCUGGGGUUUGUCAAACUGCAUUUAGAGCGGAAUUGCAUGCAGUUGCCUAUGCGUUGCAUUGGGCUGCCAGCACUGGCACGGCCAUCCGACUGUGGUCUGACUGCCUUGGGGUUGUGAACCGAGUUAAGUUACUGUGCCAGGGUCAGUUCAAACUGGCGCUCAACCGGCCUAACAGUGACUUGUGGGUGUGGAUUGCAGCAUCCAUUGAUGCACUUGGACCAGACAACGUGCGCAUCAACAAAGUUGCGGCUCACCGCACUCUUCAGAGUGCGAGGUUCAAGCAUUGCAUGUUGCUGUUGGACGUAGACAUGUUCGAGCUGAAGGCGUUGAAUGUCGAGAGGCUACGCUGGUUUCGCCAGAUGCAGAAGGCAGUUUGGAAGGAGGCUUCAGUGGUUGUGGCUCUUCGUCUUGUGACGAUUAUCCGCAAGACUUCUGUGACAGUGGAACAGUCAGGAUCCAUUUUGCAAUGUUUGGAUUCAUCUGUUUGGGACAAUGAGACAAUGAGCCAACUGAAAGCUGCUUUGGCAGAUCAUACAAAAAUGGAGGAAGAGAUAGAGGACAAGUCCCGCAGAGCAAAGCAACAGGAUUACACCGCCUUGCCCCAUUAUCUCUCCUCAGAAUGGUGGCGGUUCUUGGAGCAAGGAAAGCUUGGUGAGGAAGAGAAGAGAUUGGAGCUCCUGUGCGUACAUGCAGGUAAGUUGGGAUUGCAAAAUCCAACGGAGGAGACGUACGCGUUCCUCUAUCUUCUCGGUGCCACGUUGCACCUACGAAAUGCAAUCUUGGAUUGCGAGAAAUGGAAGAUUUUGACCAAGUGGAAACCGGUCAUGAAGCGACAUCUGCUGCGAGCUGCGACUCCGCCUAGCAGACCUUUGAUAUUACCACAGAAGUGGGAAGAGUGUCCGGAGGCUCUGCUGCGUGCAGCGUAUCCGGAUGGAUUUCAGCCGGGUUUGCCCACUCAGAAGAGUUUGCAAGAAAUCAUUGCCUUGGGCAAAGGUUGGCCUUUGCGCAGCACCAAUGUGGUUGCUGUCAGUGGCAACUUGGGCAUGGCUUCUUCUGUGCCAUCUACCGGGACUGACGCGGUCCUCGCCAUGGCAUCUGCGGUGGCCCGAGAGGUUUCCAAGGCGGUGAGUGAAAGGGUUUUGCCUGCAGCUGCGGCUGCUGAGCCAGAGAUUCCGGGCUUGCAAAUUUUUCACCGUCCUUCUGUUUGUCCGCAGCAGCAGCAGCAGCAGCAGACGCAGCUUGCUUUGAUGGAUAAACCUCAGGAGACAGAGGAGAAAAUUCCGAGGCAGGUGGAUGCAGCAACUUCGAAACCGCCGGCCAUGAUUGACAAAAUUCGUGCCGACCUGGAAACAGAAAAGUCCGCAAAGCGAGGCAAGGAAACGGAACCGCUGCCGACGAAGAAAAAGAAUAGUGGCGGCAAAAAGGGUCCCAAGAAUUCUGUCUUGAAGCGACCGGCCUCUGCUUUGAAGAGGCCAGCUGCUGCUGCCGUGUCUCUGCAGGAGCCAGAUCCUAAGAGGGCGGCGUUGCUGAAACGCAUACCAGCCGAGUUGCUGGAACGAUACGCAGGUGGCUGUAGUCGCUGCUAUCAUCGGAAGUUUUGCACCGUGUCAUGCUGGGGCCGCAGAGGCUACAAACUGUGCAUGGCGGGCUCCAAGGAAGAAGAAAGUUCCUCCCAGGAGGACGUUUCUGCGGAGGAAUCUGCAGAAACGAAGAGUGAGAAGGAGAAAGAGAAGGAGCAACCGAAAAAAUCUCGCUCGCGGGGCCGUGGCCGCCCCCGCCGUCGCCGUCAUCAUGAUGGCCGCUCCCAUGGCAAGCGCCGUGGUGGUGAGGGACGACACCGCACGGAUCGUGACCGUGAUCGCCGCAGCGUGGCUUCUGCAGUUCCUGAGCCGCCGCAUCCUCCCAAACACUCCCACGGUCCUGACACGAUGAAGAAGAACAAUAAAGGACAGAAGGGACCCAAGGGAGGCAAGGGUCGCGGUAAGACCAUACAGUGGGUCUGCGAAUACUGCGGACAGAAAACUGCCCCGCACAAUGCUGCUCUCGAGCAGCAUCAAUACCUCAAUGAAUGGUGUUUGGCACACCAGAUUUGGUCGCAGAUGACCAAACAGGACCGAGAAGAACAGUGGUCGUGGUAUGAAGCCAAGAAAAUCGCCCGUGGCAAGAAGUAUCAACGCGAGACCAUGGCAGCAGAGGAGGGGUGGGAUCUGCCGGAGGAGGAUUUCCGAGGACGCAGUGUGGCGCUGUCUCUGCGUUCCAAUCAGGAGCGUCCGGCAAGCAGCGGCCGGGUGCCGUCUCCUGAGGCGUCGCCCCGUUUGCCGCCGCCGGAGCCGGAGAAGAAGAACAAGAAGAAGAAGAAGAAGGAUGACUGCGAGUCGUCCCCAUCUGAUGACAGUGACCACCGCCAGGGGAACAAGAAGCGCCGCCAGGUGGUCAUCAAUAUUAAUUAG